AUGUUCCUGCCAUCCAAGAUGAAAGCCUUGGUUACGACCAAAGACAAAAAGACCGAGAUACAGGAGGUGCCCCUUCCUACGCUCGACAAGGACGAGGUUCUUAUUCGUACGCUUGCAGUCACCAUCAACCCUACCGACUGGAAGCAUGUCGCCCUGAUAUCUGGCCCUGGCAAACAGGUUGGAUGCGACUUUGUCGGCAUUGUCGAAGAGCUUGGUCCUCAAGUCAAGAACAGCUCGCUUAGCAAAGGUGAUCGCGUGGCUGGUUUCGUGCACGGCGGUUUGGAUCCUGAUCGAGGCAGCUUUGCCGAGUUUCUCAAAACCAACAGCGAGAUUGUUGCUACCAUUCCGGACAAUGUGGACGACCUGACAGCUGCCUCGCUGGGGAUUUCCGGAGAGACUGCGGUUCAAGCACUAUUCCACAGACUGGCGAUCCCCGUGCCAGAUUUGUCCAAUGCUCCCAUCAAGGUGACAGAUGAUUCGCCAGAGAUCCUGAUCUGGUCCGGAAGCACAAGUGUCGGUCAAUGGGCCAUUCAAAUUGCUCAUAUUUCUGGUUACAAGGUCAUCACCACCGCAAGUCCCAGAAAUCACGAGAUGCUCAAGGAGCUUGGUGCAGACGAUCUGUACGACUACCGCGACGAAACAACCCCUCAGAAGAUUGCUGCAAAGUAUCCCAACCUAAGCAAGGCGCUCGACUGCAUCUCGGAGAACGGCACACAGCAGCUCUGCGUCAAAUCCCUCGGUGCAGAGGACGGUGACAUUGUCGUACUCCUCAAGCCAGACAAGGAGGCUAUCAAUUUGCGCAAAGGCCAAAUUAACAUCAUCCACACUCUCGUCUAUACCGCUCUUGGUCGUCCAUUCAGUUACGGAAGAGCUGUCUAUGAUCAAGAUCGUGUCACGGCCGACUCUGAGCUCAUGAAGGAAUGGCUGAACGGCAAUCAGGGUCACUUUUAUCAUUUAUUCAAACAAGGCCUCUUGCGCGGCAACAGGAUCAAGGAGAUGCCUGGAGGCCUGGAAGGCAUUCCAGAGGGUCUCAAGUACGUACAGGAAGGCAAGGCUUCCGCCGAGAAGCUGGUGCACAGAAUCAGCUCGUGA